AUGGAGUUGAUGCGCGGUGGCUUAGCGGGUCGGUUCGACUGCCAAUAUACAUAUUUACUCCGUCGAUUGGCCGUGCUUAAUCGGGUUUCGUUUCCUUCAAAAACAGAUAGAGGUGGACUGCUAGUGACACAUGCACUACUUGAAGCUAAUGCCGCCCAACCACGUAGACCCAGUACCAUCACCCUCCUUCACGCCACACCAAGCAAUUAA